AUGAUUUCAAUCUAUCUUAUUCGCAUUUCGCAAUCCACAAGGAACGUCAAAAUAUAAGACAUCUGAACGUAAACGAACGAAUAUUUAAAAAAGUUGAAAGUUAAACCAAAAACACUAUGGAAGAAGAUCUAAAUAGUGUCAGUCUACUUGUGAUAGUGCUGGACACAAAUCCAUCACUACGUAUUCUGCGCCAAAAUCCUCAAAACUUAACACAACUAAUAGAUUCAACGAUAGCAUUUGGAAAUGCCCAUCUCAUGCAGAAAACUCAAAACAAAUUGGCUGUACUCUCAUGCCAUCAUAAUGCCAGUGAAUAUCUCUAUCCCGUGACGAGUCCUAUGGAAUUCCGUCAGGUAGAUGGUCAAUACGAAGCGUUUACUUUAGUGGAGAAAACCAUUAAACAAAGAUUGUUCUCAAUUAUGAACUCUGCUCCAAAAAUAACAACACUAUGCGAAUCCAAGCUUGCUGGAUGCAUGACUCUUGCAUUGUGUCAUAUAAAUAAUGUCCUUCGACACAAGGAUGAUAAUAUUAAUAUUAAUUCAAGGAUCCUAGUCAUAACAGGAAGCAACGAGUGCGCGUCACAAUAUCUAACCUACAUGAAUGUAUUCUUCACAGCUAGGAAGCUGAAAAUUGCACUUGACGUUUGUGCAAUAGACAAAACCUUAAAGCUGUUUCAACAAGGCUGCGAUAUUACGGGUGGCCAUUAUCUAAGACUUCCUCAAAUAGAGGGCAUGUUGCAGUACCUGCUGUGGGUAUUCUUGCCGGAUCCUCAAUCGAGGAAAAAACUUGUAUUACCUCCAGCAGAGAAAGUUGACUAUCGGGCAGCUUGCUUUUGUCAUAGGGAAGUUAUCGAUAUUGGAUAUGUUUGUUCAGCAUGUUUGUCAAUUUUCUGCAAGUUCAGCCCUAUCUGCACCACUUGCCACACUGUUUUCAAAACACCAGGCCCUCUUGCAUUAAAAACCAAGAAAAGAAAAAAAUUCUAACAUCAUCAAUUGUGUUCCUUUGUCUGCCUGCUUAAAAUCCUGCAUUCAGAUUGGCAGAUAUUAAAUUUGCAUACCUCCUUGAUGAAAUCUAAAAACUUAUUAUUUAGCUUUCAUUCUUUCUUUGUUAGUUUUAAGUAAUUAAUAUUAAAAAAAAAAACAAAUUUUUCAUAAAUAUAAUGUUAAAGAAAACCAAAAUGUCUAG